CAAGGCAGUUUGAAGGCAGUGUAUACAACACGGUACAGUCAUGGCGGAAGCGAUGUCAACAUUCCUUUGCAAAUGAUGUCUAUCUUUAAAGUUAAAUUUUGUCAAUAGCUUGACCAUAACGUUGCAAUGGACAGAGAUGCAGUUGAGGCUGCUGGUGUGCCAACACUCAAAUCGAUUGCAAGAGUUCGACUCUCUCAGUGGGUGGUCGCUGACAGACAUGCGGGUCAUGCAACUCGACGGGGCUGUGACCGUCUACUGGCACAGCUGGACCAAGGCUCGUGGGGAUUGGAGAGUGAGGCCAUCUUGGCAAGAGUGGUGGACUUCUUUAGCCUCAGGCUGACUGAUGAGACCCUGACUGCCUUAGUGCCGCCACAAGUGCGAACUCUGAGUUUGUCCAACAGUCCACUGGUCACUGCAGUAUGUCUGAAUCAGCUGAUACAUAAAUGUACACAUCUACAAAGCCUGGACCUUUCUGACAACACUGAGCUGACAUUCAAUUUGGUCCAGCUCUUCGCUUCCCCAGUGACCUGUCGACACACUCAUCUGACCUCUGUGAGCCUGGAGGACUGUAUCACCGUCACUGACACCCAUGUACAGUGCCUACUGACCAGCGCCCCAAACCUACAGCAGCUAAGCCUUGCCCACUGUGACAUCACAGAUGCUGUGUUCCUGCUGGAUGAAACCAAACAACUGACCAGGGAGACUGGUGUACAGCUACCAACCGCUCAAUCAGCCUAUGACUCCCAGCUUCAGUGUGUAGAUGUAUCACGGUGCAACACAUUCACCAGCACAGGUCUACGACAUCUAUGUACGCUGUGUGGACCCACAUUGCGCUCUGUAAAUCUGUGCUGGACUAAGGUGGACUGCACGUCCCUGCUCUACCUAUCUGGCUAUGGUCUGCCAGCCGCUGUCCAGCUGUACCUGGCCUGUGACUUCCUGCCCAAGGGCAUGCUGGACUCUCUUCUGGCCACCCUGGAGGAGUUCCAGGCCAUUGUGGCGCCUCUCAGAGACUGCUGGCUGACCAGAGGGUCUAUGAAUGACCACCGCCCUCCUGGACAUGCUGAUGAUUCACACAUUAAUGAUGGUGACACUGAUCCUCUGGUUUUCAUGUCGACUGGCUCUAAUGACCUCCAAAGCGGCCCAGAGGCUCAGGUUGCUUUGAAGAAUGAUGUUGAUCCUCAUUCUGAAUUACAGGAUCUUUCUCUGAUUACCAUGGUGACUGGUGCUGCUGCUUCAUCUGCUGAGGCUUCAUCUUCUCAUGUGUCUAAUGAUAUCCUUUCACCGUCUGACAUUGUUGUCGCUGUUGCUGAUGUUGAUGUCACUAGUGAUACUGCUUCUGCGCCAUCCAGCUGUGAUAUUGUUGCUGAUGCUGUUUCUUCUCCUGCUGCUGUUACAACACAAGAUGUUGCAACUGACAGCACAGAGACACUACAGCACGUUGUGAGUGCCAGAACAGUAUCAGUGCAGCUUGUUGCAACCGACAACGCGGUGACAGCACAGCAGCCUGUCGUAAAUGACACUACACUGACAGCACAGCACACCUUAACUGACAACACAGUGACAGCACAGCUGUGUGCACUAACUGACAACGAAGUGAUAACAGAAAACAACGCCUCAGCUCUGACUCCCUGUCCCUCCCACGUGAUGCCUUCCCAUGCAAGGCCCAACUCUGAUGUCGAGGAUAGCUCUGUCCUAUGUGCCACUGAGUCUGAGGCUCGAACUCCAGACUUUGACCAGCUAUACUCAUGCCAGACUGACUCACAUGUGAUGGAGAGGCAGGCAGCCUCAGACGCAGACACACCGACGGACUCAGAGACCGGCAAACAAAUGGUCUUGGACACAGACAGACAGACAACCUCCUACACAAAUAGAUUGACAAAAUCAGACACAAACAGACAGGCAACAUCCAACACAGACAGACAAACAACGUCAGACGCAGAUGCACAGACGAACUCAGACAAAAAUAGACCAAUAAAUUCUAACGCAAAUAGACAAACAACAUCACACCGAGACAGAGAAAUAAUAUCAGACAGAGAUAGACAGACAAUAUCAGACACAGACAGACAAGCACCGUCAGGCACGGACGCAAAAAUGACAUUAAACACUGACAAACAAACAACCUCAGACAGAAACAAAGAAACGCCAGACACAAAUGGACAGACAACAUCAGACUCGUAUUCCCACGAGCGUUUCUUCCAGCCCGCUCUCCGAGAGGUCAGCGUCAACGGGUCCGUGUUCAAAGACGAGCUCAUAGGCUUGCACUGCCUGAGACAUUUCCUGUCUAGCAACCCCACCCUCGCCUCUCUUCGACUCUACGGAGGAACCUCUUGCAACUUCGUUUCCGAUAAUGUCUUAGCUCCGAUUGGACAGCAUGCAGGUGACGUGACCUCUGUAUGUCUGCAGGGUUGUGAUCGUGUCACUGACUUAGGCUUAUGGAGUUUGACGCUGUGUAAGAAGCUGAAUCAGGUGGAUUUUACAGGUCUCGCCUUCAUCCAGGACCCAGGCCUGCUUCAACUGGUCACUGCACGGCCCAUGACGUCACUGCAGCUAGCUGAGUCACAAAUCUCAAACUUUGCCCUCAAGAUUAUGUCCACACAGCCUCUGGUCCACACUCUGCAAGAACUAGAUCUAUCCUGGUGUGAGGAGAUAGAGGAAGACACAGAACUGAACCAGCUGCUGAGUGCAUGCAAAGUUCUGAGACAGCUGAGACUGAGGGCCUGUCCGCUCAGUGCACGAUGCUUGGAGCUCAUUGCUGAGAACUGUACACAGCUCACAGAGCUCAGCAUUGCCAGUAACAUGAACACUGUACUGGACGAGUCUGUGAUCCAUCUGUCGGAGCACCUGCCCCUAUUGGAGAUCAUUGACCUGGGCUGGAACACACAUCUCAGUAACACUGCCAUUCACAGUUUGAUGCGAAACUGUCGUCGAUUGACCACUGUCCACUUGGAGGGACUGAAACAGAUAACGUCCCGUCCUUUUUUGAAUAUCAUAGCAGUGCCGGAUUGCUUGAUGAGCUACCUUGAGAAGAUACAACAGUUGGCCGGGGAGCUGGGGACUGGAACAUGGGACCUUCAGAUGAGUGAGUUACCUGCCCUGCCUCACCGGUCCACCGUGUACUGCAGCAGGCUGAGGGAGUUGUUCCUGAACUACAGCGACCUGGUGGAGGACCACAGGCUGGAGGAGAUUGUUGCCGUCGCGCAGGGCUCGCUCAAGGUGAUCAACUACUAUGGCGAGCCAGUGGAGGAAGUGGCAGGGGCAGUACCCAGGUUCCUCAACAACUUGGUAGGGGGCACAGCUGGCAGAUAGUACAACAGAUGGAGCCCACAGCCUACGAGGACAGCUCUUCUUAUUGAACACACUGGUCUCUUUGCUUUGCGUUUGUGCUUUUAUAUGUGCGCGUGUGUGUGUAUACCUUGAUGUGCUGUGAAUAUAUUAUGUGUGCAUAUCAAUGUUUGUGUGUGUGUGUGUGUGUGUGUGUGUAGUGUAUGUGUGUGUGUGUGAGGAUGGCAAGGUUCAUUUACACACCAGUAAAAAUGACCAAACGGUUAGAGAGACAGACACAGCUUUGUAUGCUCAAGACACCAUGUUUCCAGAAGUCCUGAAUCUCCAGACAAUGUGAGAACUGCUGAGGGAGAGGUUAAAAUGGAAGAGAAACAACUCCUGAUAAUGGACAGGCGACUGUUUUUUGGGGGUAAUUUAAAAAUGUUUUACGGCACUCGCAACUGCUUAAGGUCAUUAGUGAG